UAGUGUUUUACUUUAUCCUGGAAAUAUCCCUAUGACUGUUGUAGCACAAACAUUCCUGGCUGGGCCUGGUGGCAUACACCUAGUCCCAGCACACAGGAGGCAGAGGCUGGCAGGAUCUCUGAACAAAAUUCUUACCCCUGUUUUACAUGCAGCGAGACUCAGGUACAACAGUGGCCGCCAGCUUACUGUAGUCAGUUACUCAUAUUUCAUGGGGCAGUAGCUAAAACGCAGACCUCAGGAUCAGGAACUUGAUAUUAUUUUGAUAUAAAACAUGUUAAUAACCCGGAACUCCAUGCUUAACUUAUCAAAACUAAGAUGCUCUGCAGCUCAAGUUGCAUCAACCAUUUUCAGCCCCAGGGCUGGAAGGUGGCUCAGUCAAUGCAGUGCUUGACACACAAACACAGGACCUGAGUUCCUGUCCCCAGCACCCACAUAAAAACAACAGCAACAAAGCUGAGCAUGCCUAAGCACAGAUGUAAUCCUAGUGCUUGGGGAGCAGAGGCAGGAGGAUCCCUGAGCUCCUCACUGUGAAGGCAGUCUUGUUGAAACAGCUCAGGUUCAAGGAGAGGGACAGAAGAAGACCUGAACUCGACCUCCUGCCGCUACAUGCACGUACGGUAGACACAUACACUCCCCGACACACACAUCCCUCCUGGAUUGUCUGCACAAGUUCUCAAAGGGAGGCAACACAAGAGAGCAGAGAGAAGCUCAAGAUCACCAUCAUCAGGAGCGCGUCCCUGCUGCCAGUCCUGCCGGAAACCUGUGUUCUAGGAGUUCUUCUGUGGUGAAAAGUGUAUGAUGAUUAACUUUUAGAAACCCUUUAGCACAGUGGUUCUCAAGGUGUGUCAUGACCCCUGGGGGUUUGAACAACCCUGCAUAUGGGAUAUUUACAUUCCAAUUCAUAACAGUAGCAAGAUUACAGUUAUGAAGUAGCAAUGAAAUAAUCUUAUGGUGGGGGUCACCACAACAUGAGGAACCGUAUUAAAGGGUCACAGCAUUAGGACAGUUGAGAACCACUGCUCUAACAUAUAUCCCACAAAGGCUAUUGUAGCGUGAGUGUAGGUUUGUACCUGAGGAUAUUUGGUGGUAAUGGACCUGCAGGGUUGUAUAUUGCCAGGAUUCAGUCACUCACCUCUUACCCCGGGUUAUUGGAUAUUAUAAAAAGAACUCAAAGUUGUUUUAGUCCUUUAUUGCUGAGCUUUACUGAUGAUCCAGUUUUCUCUGUGCCCAGCACUGCACAGCUGUGGUUUUGAAUAAAUACCACAGGCACUUUUAAGAAUCUUUGCCAUAAUUUGGCUCAGUCAUCUUUAGGUUUCUAAAUUUUCAUUGAACUCAAGGUUUUCAUUUUAGAGUACAAUUCAUGUACAAAUCCUACUGUUUGAGCCACAGGUUUGUGUGAUACCAAUUUGUUUGUUUGGUUUUUUCCAGACAGGGUUUCUCUGUGUGGCCUGGCUGUCCCAGAACUAGCUCUGUAGACCAGGCUGGCCUUGAACUCACAGAGAUCUCCACCUGCUUCUGCCUCCCCUGCUUCUGCUAGGAUUAAAGGCGUGCGCUAUCACACCUGGCUUGUGAUAUCAACAUUUUAAUACUUAGGAGGUAAAAAAGUAACAAAUCAGCUAGAAUAUUGUCAGAUUUCAUAUUAUUUACUCUGAUAAUGGAAGGAUGGGGUAUCCUAAUCUGGCAUUGAAGAUUACCUUUAGUGGUAGAGUACUUGGUGUGCUGGAGGCCUGGGUUCUACAACCCCCGAAAACAUUUAAAUCUUGUUUGAGGAAGUGGUGUCUUUGGUGGAAGUCCUUCCUCACAAACUCUGUCUGUAUCAUCAUUAUCUGUCCCUUAGCCCUGGGUCAGCUACUUCUGAUUAGACGAUUACUGAAGUGGUCAUAGUGACAUCCUGAUGUGGGUCUGGUAGGGAGUGAAGACGUAAGAGAAGAUGACAGCCCUGCAUUCGAUGGCCGAGUACAUCCGAGAAGCUCGGGGUGGGGGUGGGGUUCUGAAGAGAAAGCAGUGGCCCCGAAUACUGGAAACCUGGUAACUCGAGAGAAAACUAUGACCGUUACCAAGUAUUCCUCACUUGCCUAGUGUGUGGAAGGUGGUUCUGUCAGGAUCACGGAACAGUCUGAGUCAUGACAUUCUUGCUUUAGUUUUUCUUUUCUGAAUUUUCAGUUCAAAACCUUUCAAGCUAUUAGUCUAUAUUCAAAGGUUACAUAAAGUCCCAUACUUUCAAAUUAAAUUAUUUAUAGAUUACUUUAAAAUUGUUUAUAUUUUUGCCAUUGAAGUUUCCAAUUUCAAACCGUCCUAUGCCACAGGCUCUCCAGUGGACCUUCCAGUUUGUAAAUGUCAAACAUAUUUUUGUAUUAGAUUGUACUUUUGGUGAAAGAAUGGAUAUUUUAUGUAUGCUAAAUACAUUUUUAUAAUUUGGCAGACUUGGAGGCAUGGCCUAGCGAUGACAAUGUAUUGUGUACUUUUCUGGAUGAUACAGUUAAGAUUUUUAUCUUUAUGGAGUUAGGUAUCUUUUUAUUUUAAUGCAUAGUAGAUAAGUCUUCUGAGUAAAGAAUUAUAACUUUCAGGUGUCACAGAUUAGAAUAUUUAUUGUCACAGAAUUUAUAAACCAAUUAAUUACUGAGUUUGCACUUUUUCUAUUUCUGUGAACUAAAAUUAAAUGGCAAAGUCUAUUGGAGUUUUAACACACACACACACACACACACACACACACACUUUGCUGUGUAAGCUUUUGAAAUUGAUUUCUUUCUUAAGCAAAAUAGUGGCAAGCAUUCACAUGUGGCCUUAUAGCUAUGAAGACACACUUUGUGCCAUUGUGUUGUGUGGUCUUGCUUGCUUAGGUGGAAGUAAAACAAAGACAGGAGGAAGGUUUAUUCUGAACCAAACAUGAGUGACCACGCCCAGAAACAUUAGUUCAGAUUACACGGAAUCUGAACGGAAUCUAAUCUAAGCCACCAUAGAAGUGGUUACUUUUGUAGUCACAGAGCAGAGCCCAGUUACAAGUCAAGGUUUGUGCAGAUGCUUUGGUGAGGAUGUUCGGUGAGUAUCCGACAGCACAGUGGUGGAAUCUCAUGCGGGUUUAGAUGCUGAUGGGAUCGUUAGCAUCUAUCUGUGUUGGUGGAAACUCCGGGGCUGCUAUAAUACAUUCCCAAAGGUCUUGCCCUACACCCAGAAGAAGGAUGUUGUUAAACCACACAGAGGCGGGCAAAAAAGGGCUAGCCAGGGGACUAAAGAUAGCCCAAGACAAUUGUGGCCUUUGAUUUGCACUACUACACUUCUCCACAGCAUUGGAGUUUGACAGUGAGUCUUCCAGGGAGCUCCAGUCCAUAAAGGAAAACGUGGGCCUAGAUCACUGCAAGAAAAUGUUGCAGAGGUUAGUGCUGGGAGGUGCAGGAAGAGGAAAGGACCAUGGGAGCAGGACGGGAAGCCGGUCCAGAGCAGUGCAGUGUGGUGAGACCCCCCACGCCCCAGAUGCGGUUAUGGUAAGACACCCCCCCCCCCCAGGUGCAGUGUGGUGAGACCCCAGGAGACUGCUCCCUGUCUCUGGGCGGCUUGGGUGUGCGAUGGGGCUUGAUCCUAAUUAAGGAGAAAAAAGCGGCAGGCAAGCUUCCCAGGAGGGAAAGUAUGCCGUUGUAGUGGGCAGCCAUUCCAGCUUUGAUCUGGAAGUUCCAACCCCCAUUGAGACUUCGGCAACUGUCACGCCUACAAGGUGGGGCCAAGGGUGGCGCCUGGGGACCCGAGAGCUGGAUCAGCGGGCGCUCUCUCUGUUGCGGGACCCUGGAUAGUACCGAGCAGAGCUCCAGAGAACACCGCUGGACUGUGAUACACCUUCCCCAGACUCCGCGACCUACCUAUUCCUUAAUUUGGUCGCAUGAAUCACAGACUGGAAAUCACCGUGUCCUCCUGCCUCGACCUCCCAGAGCGGGGGUUACAGGCGAGCACCUCCGGGCCCUGUCUUCUGAGGUGCUGGGGACUGAGUCCAGGGCCUCGUGCACGUUAGGCAAGCUCUGCCAACUGGGCUGCAUCCUCAGCCACCGGCCCGGUGAUCAAGCAUGGGGCCGCAGCCCCGGCCCCGGAGAACGUCAGCUCCCGCCCAGGAGGGUCCAAAGACAAAGGUUCCUUCUCCCGCCCGUUCCACCCGGCCUUUGUCCUCCGGCUCCUCAUUGGCUGGGUCGGCCGAAGCCUCGCCUCUUCCGGUGGGCCCCAACAAAGGGGCGGGGCUCUGUGACGCACGCAUGACGCACGCAGGAGUAUAAAUAGUCGGCGGGCCGCGGGCUCUCCCACAGGAGCCGCCGGCGAGGGGGCAAAGAGGAAGCUUUAUUGAAGCCGGAGAGAAGGUGGGCCUGGCCCGGCGGGACGGCGCCGGCCGAGCCCCGGAAGGCAGCGGGCCGACAGCGGCGGGAGGCCGCUCGGAGGGAGAGACGGGGGUCGGGCGGGAGUCUCGCGGCCCCUGCCGAGCGCGGCGCGGAGGGCCCGGUCCAUGGCCCCGAAGUCCCCGCUAGCGUCCCACCCGGGUAGUGUCAGGGGCACGUUCCAGAGGAUGCGCCUUUCCAGAAAGGCCGCUCUUGGCGAGGGUUCUUGAAAAUUAAGAGCUAAGGUAUCACUUGAACAGCCCUCCGUCAGCUGGGUUGGUGACAGGUCUGGUGCCACCUCGCUGCUGCUACCGCCUUUUCUCAGUCAAGGAAGUUCUUGGGGACAGUCCGCAUCACAUCCCUGGCUUUCAAGUGUUCCUAAACUGAGACUUGGUACUAGCACCAUCCCACUGCCGCCUCGUGGUUGGUAGCACCAAUUACCUAAGGAGAGAGUGUUGUGCCUGCUCCAUUUUGCCUGCUGGUCACUUUGAAAACGGCUCCUGGGGUGUUUAUUUAAAAACAAAAGCAAAAACAUAUACAUAUGUAUAUUUGUGUGUGUAUGCUUAUGUGUUGCAGAUCACUGCCAUUUAGCGUGUGGGUGUGGUAAAGCUGCGUUUCCCCCAAAAGAUGGCUUAAUUCGUUGAAAUUACAGACAUCCUGCCAAAAUGAUUUCUUCAAAGCCCAGACUUGUUGUACCCUAUGGCCUCAAGACUCUGCUUGAGGGAGUUAGCAGAGCCAUUCUCAAAACCAAUCCAACAAACAUCACCCAGUUUGCAGCAGUUUAUUUUAAAGAACUCAUUGUGUUUAGAGAAGGGAAUUCAUCUCUGGAUAUAAAAGAUCUGAUUAAGCAGUUUCAUCAGACAAAAGUAGAGAAAUGGGCAGAAGGAGCGACAUUGGAGAAGAAAGAAUGUGUAAAGGAAUCAGGAAGAACACCUCCAGUUUCCUGCGAACCUACACGGAUGGAAAAAUCCACAGACACAGAGGAGGACAAUGUAGCUGGACCACUAUUUAGCAACAAAACCACCCAGUUUCCAUCAGUUCAUGCUGAACUCCAGCCUGAGGAGACAUGUGAAGGAGUUUGGGGUCCUUCUUCCAAACCAACCACACCUAAGACUACCACUCCACCCACAUCACCACCUCCAGCACCUGUCUCUGCGGAGUAUGCCUAUGUCCCGGCUGACCCAGCUCAGUUUGCUGCUCAGAUGUUAGCACUAGCAACAAGCGAAGCAGGACAACCACCACCAUAUUCUAAUAUGUGGACACUUUAUUGUCUAACUGAUAUGAAUCAACAAAGUCGCCCAUCACCGCCACCUGCACUUGGGCCUUUUCCCCAAGCGACCCUCUAUUUACCUAAUCCUAAGGAUCCACCACAGUUUCUGCAGAAUCCACCGAAAGUCACUUCUCCAACCUAUGUGAUGAUGGAUGACAGCAAGAAGACCAGUGCCCCACCUUUUAUUUUAGUAGGCUCAAAUGUUCAGGAAGCGCAGGAUUGGAAACCUCUUCCUGGACAUACUGUGGUGUCACAGUCAGAGGCCUUGAAGAGAUAUGCUGCAGUACAAGUGCCCAUUGCUGUUCCUGCAGAUCAGACAUUCCAGAGACCUGCCCCCAACCCCCAGAAUGCCAGUCCUCCUACAAGUGGACAAGAUGGCCCCAGACCGAAAAGCCCAGUCUUUCUUUCUGUUGCUUUCCCAGUAGAAGAUGUAGCUAAAAAGAGUUCAGGAUCUGGUGACAAACGUACUCCCUUUGGAAGUUAUGGUAUUGCUGGCGAAAUUACUGUGACUACUGCCCAUGUCCGCAGAGCAGAACCUUAAGAGUAGGUAACCCUUCCUACCUUGAUGUGUGGGCCUUAACACAGCUGAGCCUUCAGCACUUAGAGGCUGGGAUAGUUAAACACUUGGUAAUAAUGGGGUAUCCUUCAGUUUAUGGGCUUGGCUCCCAACUACAAAGCUGCUAAUGAAUGCCCAGCUACCUUUGAGUAUAUGGCAGAUUCUAAAAAGAGAAUAGUAUAAAUUUGAAUUUUUCUUUAAAGUAAGGAUAAUCAAUUUUUAAGAAACAGGAACAGAGAUAGGAUACUAACAUGUCCAUGUAAGAGGUUAAAUUCAACUAGGCUUAAUUGGGAUUUUAAGACAAUUUUAUCACUCAAUUUGGCUUAAUGUCAAGCUUUUCCCUUCAGUGUGGACAGUGGGUUGAGUAAGACAUGGCCCCGAGUGUAGGAGACGAGCACUGUCAAGUGUUCCAGGCCUGUGGCUGAGGAAAGCUACGGAUUCUGAACUAAGUUAAGCCAUUGUAAUGCUGGGGGGUUGGGAGGGGGUGGCAUUUCAGUUGUGUAGCCAAGAGGCCAGGCACAGUGGACUGCCUGAGGGUGGCAGGAACUGCUAGGAUAUUUUUGAUUAGAAAAGAGCUUAGGAACAGAAGGAAUGUAGAUCAGAUUUCACUCAUUCCAUGAUAUUUAAACAGUUCAAUGUCUCUUCAUUAACAGAUACUGAAAAUGAUGCUGUCUGAGUCAGCAUUCAAGGUGGAGUCUGUCACCACGUGAACUGUAUCAAUAAACUUCCUGCAAGCAUAAAA